UUUCCGUUUGGCUUUUGAUUAAAACAACAUAACCUUAUUCCAAUAACAGGUUUUGUUUUUUAUUUUAUUAACAUUUUAAACUACAACUACUAGUUAGGCAUAUCACAAGUUAUUGCGAAGUGACUAUGAUUUUUGUCAAUAAACCUUUAUACUUAGUGAAACUGAUAAGCUAACUGAUAAUCUGUGAGAAAUCACUUUAUUGGACGAAUAGGCCUAAGUUACAAAAAUGCUGAAGCUUGGUAAUUUGGUUCUUUGUCAGAGGUGUCUGUCAGAAGGAUGGAAAAUAUCAUCUUGGAGACUUCAGACUCAGAUUCAUCUGAACAAUGUCAUGAAGAAUAAAAGACAUACACUUUCUGUAAAAGAGAUAAACAUACCUGCAGCUUGGGGUCACAUUGCUGGCAAGUGGUGGGGCAACCCUGACGUCCAGCCAGUGUUUGCUAUCCAUGGGGUGCAAGACAACGCGGCCACAUUCAACACCCUGGUACCACUGUUGGACGUUGAGGCAGUGUUAGCCAUAGACCUGCCUGGCCACGGCCAGUCGACACAUAUUCCCUCGGGCUUCCCUUACCACUACAUGGACGCUGUGUGUAUCCUACGUUACAUGAUAAAGCAUCACUUCAAGUGGUCGGAUCCUCUGGUUCUACUGGGACACUCGUUCGGAAGCAACCUCGCCUUCGUCUACGCAGCCCUCUAUCCUGACCAAGUGUCUAAAUACAUCAGCCUAGACUGUUCACGCCAUCAUAUGAGCGAAGAUGCGACCACGUUGAUAGAUUCGAUGAGAAACACCAUAGACAAAAUGUUGAGUUUAGAAGACAAAACCGACCCUCCUGAAUACACUGAGGAAGAGUUAUUCGAUAUGUUUUUCAAAGCGAGAAGAGGUCCUCAGGGGUGGACGACGAAAGAGGGUUGUAAACAUUUGCUGAGUAGAGGAACUAGUAAGUUGCCUAAUGGUAAAGUGUUUUUAUCUCGUGAUCCAAAACUGAAACUGAACGCUUUUGGACGACUGACGUUCGAGUCUUGGUUAAAGCUAGCAGAAAAAAUUACCUGUGAUAUGUUGUCCAUUCAAGCUGAAAAGGGUGUCGUUAGGAGUGAUAGUAAAGGAGAAUUGUACCAAAAAACUGUUAAUAUAAUUUUGAACAAUUCACCAAAAAGCAAACACGUAAUCCUUCCAGGGUAUCACCAUGUGCAUUUGGAUAACCCAAAAAUUGUGGCUAAUGAGAUAAAUAACUUUCUUUCCAGUUAGUAUCCAAAUGGUGAAUACUAACAUGGUAAUUUAAUGUCUUGGGGUUUUAAUAUUGGAUAAUAAACUGAAGCUCUUUUACCAAGUGAAAUGUAUGGAAAUAUUAAGCCAAAGCAACUAGUAACAUAUCUUUUCAUUUUUGUAAACAAUUUGUAUAUAUUAGAUGGUCUAACCAUUAUUAAUAGAUACAUAUAAAUAACAUUUAUUUUUAAACAGGUUUUGUAAUUUUUAAACGACCUGUGUCCUUCAACAACGUGAAUCCCUCUAUUGGUGCAGAUUUAGAGCCAGUUGCAAAUCGACAGAUACAACAAUAUGGUAGGGCUACUUAAAAUUAGCGAUUAAAAAUAAUGUUCCAGGACACCACCAACCAUUAAAAACCUAAAACAAUUGAGCUGUACAUUUUUUCAAGGGAGAAAAAUCUGGGAUCACGAGAAUUUAGCAGUCUUUUAAAAAAUUGGGAUGGAUGGAUUUCAAUUCUCAAAUUUAUUCCCCUGAUCGUUUAGUGCCGAUAAAAUCGAGGAAGGAUUGAUUCUCAGUACUCUGUGCUCCCAGGAUCGCAACAAGAUUAUCACCGCAGCCUAAUAACUGUGUGUGCAUCAUAUUUGCAAA